ACGAUAAAUUGAAAUCUGAGGCUUUUAAUGAUUUCUUUGUCAAUAUCGGGGCAAAACUUGCAGCUGAAAUUGAAGAUAAUUCCCUCAACACAAAUUCUUUUGCUCACGGAGAUUCUAGGCCUACUACCGACUCCAAUCUUUUUUUUAAAUUUUCUGAAAUUAACGAGGACGAAGUAAUAUAUCAAUUGCGUAGUCUCAAAAUUUCAAAAUCCACAGGAUUAGAUAACAUCCCUGCUAAAGCUCUUAAAAUAUCCGCGGACAUUGUUGGUCCGCCAUUAACUUGGAUAUUUAACCUUUCGAUGAAAAAAGGAGAAUAUGUGGAUGAAUGGAAAAAAGCCUGGGUUACACCCAUUUAUAAAUCUGAUGACAGGUUGAAAUGCGAGAAUUAUCGCCCUAUCUCGAUACUACCCAUUGUUAGUAAAAUACUUGAGAGAUGCGUUUUUAAUCAAAUUUAUAAAUUUCUUAAUGACAAUUCACUUCUUUCAAAACAUCAACAUGGUUUUCGGCCUAAACAUUCAACUCUCACCGCUCUAACUCAG